AUGGAGAGGACCUUCACGGAGCCUUCAGAGGGGGGUCUGAAGGAGCUGGUCCACCGCUGGUUCACUGAGACUCAGGCUCCUCUUAUCCUCAACAACGGGAACUUCCCAGACUGGUUUCAAGGCUUUGCUGCGAGGAGAGACGCUGAAGAUCUGCUGAGAGAUAAAGCUCUGGGCUGCUUUCUCAUCCGCCUCAGUGAUAAGGCUAUUGGGUACAUCCUGUCCUACAGAGGCGUCGACAGGUGCCGACACUUUGUCAUCACUCAGGACCAGGACGGUCAGUUUGGUGUUUCAGGGGACUGUCAGACGUACAGCAGCCUCCCAGAGCUGAUCAGUCACUACAGGGCCCAUCCCAUCCAGCCGUUUGGGGAAACGCUCACCUCCAGCUGUCACCAGGUAAAUUCAACUGAUCUUUAUGACGUGGUGAGUUAUAACACCAGACGGACGUCUGGGGUGAGCGUCCAGGCCUUACGGACUUUGUGGGACCAGAAAAAUGUACAACAAAGCCACCCAGUCAACAACCACCAGACUGAUCUUCAGAAUGAUCCUCUGACAGCUCAGCCACCCGCUCUGCCUCCAAAGUCUAAGAACAGGAAACUGACGGGUGCUGUGUCUAUGGAUACAACAUUGCUAUCACAGGGCCUUCCUCCAGUCCCUAAAAGAGGCCUUCCUCUGAGUUUCUCACUGAGUGAAUCUCUGCCAAACACAGCAUCACAUCUAGGAGGGACUGAGACCACCCUGCAUAAAUCAGAAAGACUCAGAGGAAGUCUGGACUUGUUUGAGACCACUGGCACCAGCUCUCCAGGAGAUCUGUGUCCACCUGGGUUUACACAAGCAGAGAGCAGGAGCAGAUCUUUACCACGGCUCAGUGUGGAGGAAGACGAGGACGAGGAGGAAGAGGAAGAGUAUUCCAACCAGCUUUCAUUAUCCUUCUCAUCUUUGCCGACUCCUCUGAAGAAGGUCACCUGUCACACCUACUCCCUCCACGACCACAGAGACUGUCAGAGCGGCCCUCUGUCAGAGCGGCAGGCUGACGACAUGGAGAUGUCGAAGACCAACCCACUGUACCAGGACGCUGAGGUUCCUUCACGACCAGGGGACCAUUUGUACUCUAGUUUACCUGAAAACACAUACGAGCUGAUUCCUGGGGAGGCCGCCGCCGUCCAAGGCAACAUGUACGAGUCUCUGGAAGACAUGAAGACCCAGAAGUCCAAAUCAACUUGGGGGAAAAAUAAUAUGAAGUGGAAAAAAUUCCUACCAGACUACAAGAAGAAAUAAAAAUAAGACUCAAAGGUCUCAAUAACUUUCUUCUUAUCUUUUAAAUAUGUCGUACAUUUUAUGACUGGAGAUUCUGCCAGCAGAGGGC